AAUCUCGCGCCAAACCAGUAUUCUCGCAUUACUGCAUAUCCCGACCACGAACCACCGGAAAACGUCAAACCGAUGACGUUUUCAUCCUUCGGGAAUGUCCUUUCUGUCAGAAGAUGAAAAAACGGGGACGAAAAAAAUCGAUCGAAAAUUUAUCAUCGAGGAAGUAGUGUGGUGGCCCAGCGACGUCCACUCGUGUGCCAAAUCUGUGUCCCCUGGUGGUGCCAAAUCUGGUCCUCUGGUGUCCCCAAUAGCAAUCUGCCAAAAUGCCUAGCUAAAACCGGAACCAUCUUAGCCCGGAAGAACGCCGCGAAGGAUAUUGAAUGCAAGGAAUUUGCCUUCGUUUUCUAGCGAGUACCUACGAGCACCUGCCAUUUAAUAUCACUAACUUCGAGUUUGUUUAGCAUCAUCGCUCUUUUUUUUUACACCUAAUCCAUUUCCAUAAACUGUCGAAGCCUGCUCUGCAAUUAAUAGCUGUUAGAUAGCGUAAGCAAUGAAGAAGCAAAAUGUCCGGACCAUUUCACUGAUUGUGUGUACCUUCACCUAUUUGCUAAUUGGCGCUGCCGUGUUUGAUGCCCUCGAGUCGGAAACGGAGAAGAAGCGGUGGAAGGCCCUCAGUGCAAUAGAGAAUGUACUUAUUUCACGGUACAACAUAUCGGCGGAGGACUUCAAAGUGAUUGAAACCGUCAUCAUGAAGUCGGAGCCUCACAAAGCUGGUCAACAGUGGAAGUUCUCCGGCGCCUUCUACUAUGCUACCACUGUAUUGACAACCAUCGGUUAUGGCCAUUCGACCCCGUCGACAGUCAGUGGGAAAAUUUUCACCAUGUGCUACGCUGCCAUAGGGAUUCCGCUGGGGCUUGUCAUGUUCCAGAGCAUAGGUGAACGCGUCAACAGGUUAAGCAGCGUGAUCGUCCAUGCGGUGAAGACUUCGUUCAACUGCAAGAAGGCGAUUGCAUCUGAAGUCGAUUUGAUAUUGGUGGUCACCACCUUGAGUUCUUUAACCAUAGCAGGAGGAGCUGCGGCUUUCAGCAAGUUCGAGAACUGGUCUUAUUUUGACUCCGUGUACUAUUGCUUCAUUACCCUAACAACUAUUGGUUUUGGGGACAUGGUAGCCCUCCAGAAGGACAACGCUCUCAACCAGAAACCGGAGUACGUUGCGUUUGCGUUGAUUUUCAUUCUGUUUGGUCUUGCAGUGGUCGCUGCCUCAUUGAAUUUAUUGGUGCUUCGCUUUGUCACCAUGAACACAGAGGAUGAGAAACGGGAUGAGGCACAGGCCAUUCAGGCUCUACAAAUAGCCGUGAAACUGGACGGGGACAUAAUAACUGGCAACUCGAGUGACACGGAUCGCCGGUGCUACGAACGAAUAUCCGUGUCGGGACCAAGUCGACCCAACUGCGGAACAUGUCCACGGAAGUUCGACAAUCCGGAUACGAGCAUCGGAUACAUUAUGGAUGCCAGUUAUCGUUAUCCUCUGGUGGACUGUGAAAUGGCCGAACUUCGAUCGCCUAAUACGCCGGGGUACAACGUGUACGAACUGGAAACCGAUGACGAGGGAGGAUUGAUUGCACCGCUGCGUUAUGAUUUCCAACCCAGCCGGGGAAGAGCUUCUGUUUAGUCAAGGUUGACAGUGGCUGAAAUGCGUUAGAAAUGCCAAAUCUUUUGUAGAUUUAACUACUGUAAGUUAUGUCAUUUUCGGGGUCUAAAUUUUUAAAUUUAAUACAAAUGUCGGAUUUUAGGAUAAGAUUGGGAGCAAUCGGGUAAUAAUGACAACUUGAAACAAA